CUUCUUCCUGUGCGCGCGCUGUCAGUCAGUCAGUCAGGAGUUUCUCACUGGAGUCAGCAUGUUAAUUCUCGGUAACAGGCUGAAGCUGUGCUCGGUAGCGUUCACCGCGGCGCGUCUGUACAGCACUGGGGUUCAAGCCAACAACAACCCGGUGGUUUUCUUCGACAUCGCGGCGGACAACCAGCCGCUCGGCAGAGUCACCUUCGAGCUCAACGCGGAUGUGGUGCCCAAAACCGCAGAGAACUUCCGAGCGCUGUGCACCGGUGAACAUGGUUUCGGAUAUAAGGGCUCCAUCUUCCACAGAGUGAUUCCUCAGUUCAUGUGUCAGGGUGGAGAUUUCACCAACCAUAAUGGAACUGGAGGAAAAUCCAUAUAUGGGCCGAGAUUUCCUGACGAGAAUUUCAAACUCAAACACACCGGACCAGGUAUUCUGUCGAUGGCGAACGCUGGAGUGAACACAAACGGCUCUCAGUUCUUCAUCUGCACAGCUAAAACAGAGUGGCUGGACGGGCGGCACGUGGUGUUCGGCAGUGUGAAGGAGGGCAUGGAUGUGGUGCGGAAGGUGGAGGCGCUGGGCUCACGGUCGGGACGCACCGCUCAGAGGAUCAGCAUCACUGACUGUGGAGAACUCAAGUAGAGCAACACACACACACACACACACACACACACACACAGUGUCAGACUGCUGGACAGAUAAUGUGAACGCUCUGGGUUAAAUGAUCAUUCAUUGACUCGGUGUCUAAUGCUGAUGUAGCGCUGCAGAGGUCUCCGUGCAGCAUUCAGGCUGUUUUCUGUUUGUUUGUCUUUUAUUUUUGUCAAUGUUCAAGCAUUUAUCCUGACAGAGACUGCAAUAAAACCCUCUGAUCACUUUUAUAAGUCAUUAAUUUUGGCUCUUGGUUAAUACAAUCUCUUGUUGUACACCAAACAGCAACAGAAACAUUGAUAUGUACUGUCUAAAGCCAUGUGUACAGGCGUUAUUAACCUAAAGUAACUCAACUGUGAAAGUCAUUGUUAGCUGUUUCUCGGGUACUGUACUGAAUCUGGACUUUUGUUCUUAUGCAUACGAUGAUGAUGAAUUCUGGUCAAUGUUUAUCUGAGAGUGAAUGAGAAAUCCAAAAUAAAGCAAGAGCAAUAAUCAA